CUCGCGAGGCUUCUGCCGGCACCCCGGGGGGCUCCGUCCGCCGGUCGCCGGGGCGGAGCGGCGGGUAUGGCUGCCCUGCGCAGCCUCCUGCGGUGGCGCCGCCGCUUGGGCCCCUCGCCCGGUCCGCAGCCGGUGCGGCGGCUGUGGUCCGGCGGCGGGGCCGGGGCGGCGGCGGUGAGGCGGUGGCGGCGGGAGCUGGGCUGCGCGGCUGGGGGGGCUCUCGCCGGGUAUAUGGGGUACCGGCUGUCCGAGCGGCGACGGGAGCCCCCCCGGGAGCCGGCAGCCGCCGAGCCGGGCGGGUCCCGGGCGCUGCUCCCCAUCCCCGUGGCGGCCGCUGCCAGGGAAACGGUUGCAGAAAACAGAUCAGACCCUGAAGAUUUACAUCUUUAUGCAACUCCUCGGGAGCAACGGUUUCGUAGGUUUGCCAGUUUAGAAUUUGAAGGACAGCUCUAUAUGACUCCAUAUGACUUCAUUCAGGCUGUCACAAAUGAUGAACCCAAAUGUGCUAAAAAGUGGCGAUCCCUUUCAAAGCAGGAACUGAAUCAGAUUCUUAUGGAGACACCACCAGUUUGGAAAGGAUCAUCCAAACUUUUCCGAAAUCUUAAUGACAAAGGUGUGAUAUCUUACACAGAAUAUUUAUUCCUCUUAUGUAUUUUAACAAAGCCACACGCAGGUUUUAGAAUCGCUUUCAACAUGUUUGAUACUGAUGGCAAUGAGAUGGUGGACAAAAAGGAAUUCUUAGUGCUACAAGAGAUUUUCAGGAAAAAAAAUGAGAAGAGAGAAAGAAGAGGAGAUGAAGAAAAACGUGCAAUGCUGCGUCUUCAACUUUAUGGAUAUCAUACUUCUACUAACAGUGUUCUUAAAACAGAAGGAGACGACCUUGUCCCCAGAAGCUAUUGGGAUACUUUGAGACGUAGCACAAGCCAAGCACUCUUUUCGGACCUUGCGGAGCGGGAUGGUCUUUCAAGUUCACUGUCAGAUACCACACUGCUUGUACACUUUUUCGGCAAAAAAGGAAAAGCUGAAUUGAACUUUGAGGAUUUUUAUAGAUUUAUGGAUAACCUACAAACUGAGGUUCUAGAGAUAGAAUUCCUCUCCUACUCUAAUGGGAUGAACACCAUCAGUGAGGAGGACUUUGCCCAUAUUCUUCUGAGGUAUACAAAUGUGGAAAAUACAUCCAGUUACCUGGAAAACAUGCGCUGCAGGAUUCCUGAGGAAAAGGGUAUCACAUUUGAUGAGUUUAGAUCAUUUUUCCAAUUCUUGAACAACCUGGAAGAUUUUACGAUUGCAAUGCAAAUGUAUAAUUUUGCGAGUCGUUCCAUAGGUCAAGAUGAAUUCAAACGUGCUGUAUAUGUAGCCACAGGUGUGAAGCUUUCUCCACAUUUGGUGAACACAGUGUUCAAGAUUUUUGAUGUCGACAGAGACGACCAGUUGAGUUAUAAAGAAUUUAUCGGUAUUAUGAAAGACAGACUCAAUCGAGGGUUUAGGGGCUACAAGCCUGUACAGAGGUACACUACUUUCAAAUCCUGCGUGAGGAAGGAGCUCUAUAGCAGAUAAAUGACGGAGACUCCAAAGUAUGGUUGGAAGGAAUAUUACUCUUGUGUGAUGACUGUAACCAGUGAACAUCUCAGAGAUCUAUGGAAGCAAUUUCGGAGACGAGAUAUGCUGAGAUAAAGGAAGGAAGAAAGAAGGAAUAUCUGCACUGGGUAGAACUACUACUCCCAUGAAUUCUUAAUGAAGAAUAAACUAACCCAGGUGAAUUGUGAAUCUUCCAGCUGCAGUAGAAAACAUGGGAUUUAAUGCAGUGAUCAACAGCUCUUACAACUCCUUUUCAGUAUUUUAUUUAAAAAACGAACUAUCACCUGAUUGGCAGAAGCCUUUUUUUUAAGAACAUAUUUUGAAUAUUGUUUUUUCAGGUUAUGUUUGUCAUUUAAAAGAAAACAAAAAUAAGCGUUACACCUGGGUAGGCAGGUGUUUUGGCAACAAACUGCCCACAUCAGCUUAGACUGUGAAUUUGCUCUCAGUUUGUGCUAAAUUGAUAAUGAGAAAACGUUAUAUACAAGUUGAAUGUACAAAUUAAGCUCCUAGAAGCUAACAGAGCUGUUAUUUUAAAAAGUAUAAAGCUGCCAUGGUUAUAAUGUGAAUGACGGGUAUUUACCUAGGAAUGGUACUGUAUGGACUAUAAUGUUCAGAUUUUCCAAGUCUUACUAUUGUGUUUAUUAAAUUAUCCUUAAAAAAAAAGUACAGAUUUUAAGAUGUCUUACAAGCAGUUAUGUUGAAGAAAAGUCAAAAUGUUCAAAUUCACAUAAAGUGAAUACUACUUUGUAGUAUUUAUUAUAGAAUUUAUUGCCAUAUGUAUAAAUUCACUGGUAUAUUUCUGGUAGAGUAAAACUUCUUGUGUUUCUUGUGAAUAGUGCACUUUUAUACGAAGUAAGAUGUGGCACUGAAUAGAAAUUAUAGUUAUCUAACUUGCUACUUUGGAAUGCAGUAUCUGAAAAAUAGAUUAAUAACUUGUGUCAAACAAAAAAACAAAACAAAACAUGAAUGCAUGCAGCAAGACACAGCAACACUCACCAAGUGAUAUUAUUUGAAUAUUAUACAUCAAAUAGUAGACAUAAAUUAGACCUUACAAAAGCAAUCAGUAGGCACCAUGACCUUUCAUGCCUUUCAAGUUUAGAUGUUACUGAAACAGUGAUGAGGACACUGUCACAUUCGGUUUUCAUUCUCUAAAGUUUUUCUUUGCUAUUCAGCAGUAGUGUUUUCCUUACUCCCUUUCAAGAUUAUUGUUAGGUGGUGUGAAUUAAACCCAAUCAAUCACGAACAUGUAUUUCUUAUCUCCUCCUUGAAAAGGUUCACUAGCCAUUAAAUAAGUCAGUAUCUAUUUAAGAACAAUCUGUGCCUUGAAUCUGUGCCUAUUUUAGCUGAAUACACACACUAAAACUAAUGUCAGUAAAUUGUUAUUGAAAAGGCAGAUACUGGGUGGACUAUGAAAAUUAAAAUAUAACCAAAAAAUGGUUUUAAAUCCUCUAUUACUCAAAAUACAUGUAAGCAAACACUUCAAAAUUGUAUUUAGUGCACACGUUGCUCAGAUACCAUCUUACAUUACAUAUUGAAUAGAAAAGAUGUGUAGCAUCUGUGUAAGUACACUUACAUUCAGAAAUGUGUAAUUUAUAGUAAGAUUUAUCUCUGCUAAAAAAUCAAAACAAAAUCCAAAGGAAGAUAUUUUUUUAAGAAAUUCCAAUCGGUAAUCUUAGAAAUAAAAAAAUGUGCUAGGUGUGGCUCUUUUUCUGAGAAAAAGCCAGUUCAGAAAGCUUUUGAAGAAUGCUACUUUAGUUAAAAUUUCAUUAUAAAUACUUAACAAAUUUCCACCAUGGCAUCCUUAAACUACUGACAACUAGAAAAAUAAAAUCAAUUGGGAUAAAGACACGACAGCACAUGGAUAGCCUGCAAUCCCUGUGCUAUCAUUUAGGGAAUUAAUUGUAUUCAAGGUGUCGUCUUGGUACGCAGAACUGUCUGAGUGCUUCUUUAUUGACAGGGUUCCCCUCCUUCCCUGUCCCUCACCGCUGCCUGUUCACAGAGACCCCCCGCUCUGAGGAAGCAGCAGCACCAUCAUCAUCCAGCUCCUCCACUGCCCAAGGCAAUAGUGCACUUUGCUUUUACGGCUGGCUUGAGACAAUUUUAUCAUUUUUCUAUAUAUUUCCUAACUAUAGUCACUUAAUAUAAAAUGGAAUGUGAAAGUGGCAGAUUAGUUUUUAAGAAUAUUUUUCUCAUGUUUAAUAAUAAGUUAUUUAAUAUAAAUAUGAAUAUAUGCAUAUGAUAGUCUUGUUUAUUUCAAAAUAAAUGCACUUGAAACUAA